CCAAGAGGGUUAUAUGGUUUCUCAGCAAAACAAAGGAAACAAAGCAGUACAGUUUCUCUUUUUUCCAGUGUUCUUUCCUUCUUUUUCAUCCAGCGUAAAGUUACUUUUCUUAAUGGUCAGAAAUGAGUGAACAACCAGAAAAAAACAAUUCCACUGAAGAAGAACACACAGAUCAAAGUUCUCCUGAGAAAAACUGUGAAAUCGGACAAAAGCAACUGCAACAGAUAGAGCGGCAGUUAAGAUGCUUGGCAUUUCAAAACCCCGGACCACAGGUAGCAGACUUCAAUCCUGAAACUCGAGAGCAGAAAAAGAAAGCCCGGAUGUCAAAGAUGAAUGAGUAUUUUUCUUCAAAAUGCAAAGUUGUGAGGAAGUAUGACAAAAGCGGCAGGCUGAUCUGCAACGAUGCCGACCUGUGCGACUGCCUGGAGAAGAACUGCCUGGGCUGCUUCUACCCCUGCCCCAAGUGCAACUCCAACAAGUGCGGGCCCGAGUGCCGCUGCAGCCGCAAGUGGGUGUAUGACGCCAUCGUCACCGAGUCUGGAGAGGUCAUCAGCAUGCUGCCCUUUAACGUCCCGGACUAGGAGCUGUGACAGAGGAAUUGAUUCGUUUCUCCUCCUUUACAUUUAAGUCAACCCCUUUCUUUUGGUGAAUUCUAGGGCUGGGGGGAAAAUGUUGGAAAAACAUACUUAAGAGGCAUGUUCUCCAAGCUGUAGAAUAAGGUAGCAUGGGCAGUCAUUCUGUAACCUUCUCACCGCCGCCUCUCGGAUUUCUUCACUUGCACCCAAAGAGUGUGAUAGUGAGCGGACCUCAGUUUCUCUCACCAGUGCUCCCAGCUGCACUCUGCCCUCACACUGAAAGUCUCUUUCCUCUUCGCUGGUAUCUGAAAAAUGUAAUUUUAAGAUUUUCAGAACUCUGUAGCUGAGAGGUUUUUUUUAUAACAUAGAACUAUAAAUGUAUGAUCUCUAGUUACCCUGAGAAUCAUACACAUCACUAGUUCCAAAUCAGAAUUGCUAUUUGGAUUUAAAACAACAAAACUUGUGACCUUGCAUUGUAUAUUCAUAAUCUCAUUUUAUUGUGAUUUUAAUAACAUUAAAAUUAAAUUUGGU